UGGGCCUUUUGGCCACCUCUCCAUUCAAAAUGGCCGCCCCCAGGGAGCGGCGAAACUAAAGCGGAAGUAAACCGCUUCCCUUCUUUCAUCUCAUGGAUCGCAGCGCAGAGUUCGGCAGAUGGAAAGCACAGUGUCUGAGCAAAACGGACUUCAGCCGGAAGGGCAGUCUGGACGAGGACAUCGUAGAGCUUGUCCACUUCCUGAACGGACGACAACGGUUCUUCACCACCAGUUCCUGCGCUGGCCGCAUCGUGCUGCUGGAUGGGGGUAAAAAUGGUUUUGAGGUUCAGAAAAAAAGCUGUUGUUGGCUACUGGUUACGCACAAACCAUGUGUAAAAGAUGAUGUGAUUGUAGCUCUGAAGAAAGCAGAUGGUGAUGCCAUUUUGAAAUUUGAACCAUUUGUUCUUCAUGUACAGUGCCAACAGUUGCAGGAUGCACAAAUUCUGCAUUCAGUGGCAGUGGAUUCUGGUUUCAGAAAUUCUGGCAUAACUGUGGGAAAGAAAGGAAAAACUAUGUUGGUAAGAUGCCAUUAAGCAAAAAGCAAUCUCUGAUCAUGAAGUAAUCCAGACUAAAUAACCUUCUUAUACUUCUCCCUUUAGUCUCUCCCUCCUCAAAUGUUCUUACCAUUCCCUUACUUAA